UCGCCCACAAAGCGUCUCGGACCAUUGUCGGACCGCAACAUGAAUCGUGCAUCUUCGCCUGAGGGCUCCACCAGUAGCACGAGUACCACCGGGGCCCUGCACAUCCCAAAGGGUCGCGAGCGACACUCGGGUAGCCCUGCAAAGCGGGUGCCCUUGACACCGAAAGCUGUCGGGCUAAGCAAGAGCAUGAGACGUCGCUCGAAUAUUGGCCCCACGCGCAGCGACCGUCCCCGGCGGCGGUCCAGUAUGAUCCCGCAGCUCUCGCCGGUCGACCGGGAUGCGAACGAUUCCGGUAACUCGUCGCACAUCUUGGGCAAGAGCAUGGGUGGUGCGCGGCGAGUGCCUUUCGGGAAUGGGGAACGGUCUCCAGCGAAGCGGCCGAAGAGAAUGUCACUACUAUCGCUGUCAUCAGCAAAGUCGGGCGCAUCUGCACGGCUCAAGCUGCCCGAUGCCAACUCCAGCGCGGAUAUCAGCUUCCGGGGAAUGGGGAAGCCGACGUGGCGAUAGAGGUAAAAGUUGUCGCUAUGAUUCGUGAGUUUGGACCCUCUAACUCGUUCUAUGUAUCACUUCGCGAUGUCUGUAUGAACGACCACUCAUGACCUCUCUACAUUUUGCUAUGUUUGA